AUGUCGCACUUUUACGAAAUCGGCACGCGCGCCUGGCAGCCCGAUCCCACCGAGGGAUGGGUUGCCUCCGAGGUCGAGCAGAAGAUCGAGGACGGGGACAAGGUCAAGCUUGUCUUCCGUCUCGAGAAUGGCGAGGAGAAGGUGAUAGAGACGACGACAGAAGCCCUCCAAGAUGACAAGGACAGCACACUGCCCCCGCUCAUGAACCCGACCAUGCUCGAAGCCAGCGAUGACCUUACGAACCUUUCACAUCUGAACGAGCCAGCCGUGCUGCAAGCUAUCAAGCUGCGCUAUGCCCAGAAGGAAAUCUACACAUACUCCGGCAUCGUCCUGAUCGCCGCCAAUCCCUUCGCUCGCGUCGAUUCGCUAUACGUCCCCGGCAUGGUCCAAGUGUACGCCGGCAAGCACAGAGCUUCGCAGGCGCCGCAUUUGUUCGCCAUUGCCGAGGAGGCCUUUGCAGACAUGCUUCGCGACAACCGCAACCAGACCAUCGUCGUGUCCGGUGAGUCUGGUGCCGGUAAGACAGUCAGUGCAAAAUACAUCAUGCGGUACUUUGCGACCCGCGAGUCGCCCGACAACCCCGGCCAGCGCAAGGCAAACUCAGACGCCAUGAGUGAGACCGAAAAGCAGAUCCUGGCCACCAACCCCAUCAUGGAAGCCUUCGGUAACGCCAAGACGACGCGUAACGACAACUCGUCCCGUUUCGGAAAGUACAUCGAGAUCAUGUUCGACGAGGCGACGGAGAUCAUUGGCGCCAAGAUUCGUGUCUACCUGCUGGAACGGUCGAGACUGGUCUUCCAGCCGUUGAAGGAGCGUAACUACCACAUUUUCUACCAGCUUUGCGCCGGUGCCACGGAUGCCGAGCGCGAGGAGUGGGGUUUGAAGAGCCCGGAUGAUUUCACAUACAUGAACCAGGGCAGCGCGCCGGUCAUCGAUGGCGUCGACGACAAGGCCGAAUACGAUUUGACCAGGAAAUCCCUGGGGACCAUUGGCGUCAACGACGAGACCCAGACCCAGAUUUUCAAGCUUUUGGCUGCGCUGCUGCACCUCGGAGACGUCAAGAUUACCGCCACUCGUACCGACUCCUCGCUCUCGCCCGAGGAGCCGUCGCUCGUUCAGGCCUCGAAGCUUUUGGGCAUCGAUGGAGCCGGCUUUGCCAGGUGGUGUGUCAAGAAGCAACUCAUCACUCGCGGAGAGAAGAUCACCUCGAACCUUACGCAAGCGCAAGCCAUUGUCGUGCGAGACUCCGUCGCGAAAUACAUCUACUCGAGUCUUUUCGAUUGGCUGGUCGACAAGGUCAACAAGAGUUUGGCCUCUGAGGAGAUCGUCGCCGCUACGAAGUCCUUCAUCGGUGUUCUCGAUAUCUACGGUUUCGAGCAUUUCGCCAAGAACUCUUUCGAACAGUUCUGUAUCAACUACGCAAACGAGAAGCUGCAGCAGGAGUUCAACCAGCACGUGUUCAAGCUCGAGCAGGAGGAAUACCUCCGUGAAGAGAUCGACUGGACGUUUAUCGACUUCUCCGACAACCAGCCCUGUAUCGACCUCAUUGAAGGAAAGCUCGGUAUCUUGUCCCUGCUUGACGAAGAGUCUCGUCUUCCCAUGGGCUCCGAUGAACAGUUCGUCACAAAACUGCACCACAACUACUCUGGUGACAAGCACAAGUUCUACAAGAAGCCGCGUUUCGGAAAGUCUUCUUUCACCGUCUGCCAUUAUGCGGUCGAUGUCACGUACGAGUCGGAGAGCUUUAUCGAAAAGAACAGAGAUACCGUGCCAGAUGAACACAUGGAGGUCCUCAAGGCUUCGACGAACAAGUUCCUCGUGGAGAUCAUCGACACCGCGGCGUCGAUCCGUGAGAAAGAGACUGGCGGCGGCUCGGCUGCCAAGCCGGGCACCGCUGUCUCUGCGGGUCGGAGAGUCGCGGUCAACCGCAAGCCCACUCUCGGUGGCAUCUUCAAGGCCUCCCUGAUCGAGCUGAUGAACACCAUCAACUCUACCGAUGUCCACUACAUCCGUUGUAUCAAGCCCAACGAGGCGAAGGAAGCCUGGAAGUUUGAGGGACCCAUGGUUCUCAGUCAGCUUCGUGCUUGCGGUGUCCUCGAGACCGUCCGCAUCAGUUGUGCUGGUUACCCGACAAGAUGGACGUACGAAGAGUUCGCUCUGCGCUACUACAUGCUGGUGCCCUCUGCCCAAUGGACGUCCGAGAUCAAGGACAUGGCCAACAAAAUCUUGCAAUGCGCCCUGAGCGACGAAAGUGGAAAGAAGGACAAGUACCAGCUCGGUCUCACCAAGAUCUUCUUCCGUGCGGGCAUGCUUGCGUUCCUGGAGAACAAGCGCACCGCUCGCCUGAACGGCGCUGCCAUCAUGAUACAGAAGAACUUGCGUUGCAAGUACUACAGACGCCGCUAUCUCGAGGCUCGUGAAGCCGUCAUCUCCACCCAAGCACUCGUCCGUGGUUUCUUGGCAAGAGCACACACGGAAGAGAUGCGGCAAGUCAAGUCUGCCACCACCAUCCAGCGUGUCUUCCGUGGCUACAAGGACAGGAAGAGGUUCAUGUACAUCCGCAACAGUGUCGUCAAGUUCGACGCGGUUGCGAAGGGUUGGCUUCUCCGCAAGGGUCUCCUGGACAAGCGUUUCAGCGAUGCCGCUCGCUGCAUCCAGCGCAACUGGAGGUCUUACCGUCAGCUCAAGGACUGGAGGACUUACCGUCGCAAGGUCAUCAUCAUUCAGAGCUUGUGGCGUGGUAGGAAAGCCCGUAGCGCCUACAAGAGUCUGCGUGAGGAGGCUCACGAUCUCAAGCAAAUCUCCUACAAGCUGGAGAACAAGGUCGUCGAGCUCACCCAGAGUCUUGGCACGAUCAAGCAGCAGAACAAGACGCUCCAAGGGCAGGUCCAGAACUACGAGAGUCAGAUCAACUCGUGGAAGAGCAGAACGAAUGCGCUCGAGGCCAGGACCAAGGAGCUGCAGGCCGAGGCGAACCAGGCCGGCAUCACCGCCGCUCGCCUGAGCCAGAUGGAAGAGGAGUUCAACAAGCUCCAGUCCAACUACGAAGAGAGCACCACCAACAUGCGCCGCCUGCAAGAGGAGGAGAGGCACCUGCGCGAGACGUUGAAGGAGACGACCGAAGAGCUCGAACACACCAAGCGUCGCUCGAGCCAGGUCGAAAGCGAGAAGAUCUCUCUUCGCCAACAGCUCGCCGAUCUCCAGGAUCAGCUCGAGCUCGCUAAGCGGGCCGCACCCGUCAACGGUGAUCUCGCGAACGGCAACCACGCGCCGGCAAGUGGUCUCAUCAACCUCGUCUCUUCGAAGAAGCCCAAGAGAAGAAGUGCGGGCGAGCGCGCCGACAUCGAGCGUUUCAGCGGCGCAUUCAACCCACGCCCGGUGUCCAUGGCUGUCACCGGACAAUCGCUCCACAAGCAGAGCACUUUCUCGGGCUCCACCUUCACCCCCGGCUUGGACAACAUCGAGUUCGAGCUCGAGAACAUACUCUCUGACGAGGAUGGCCUCAACGACGAGGUCACCAUGGGCCUCAUCCGCAACCUCAAGAUCCCGUCGCCGAGCACGAACCCGGCGCCGAGCGACAAGGAGGUCCUUUUCCCUGCCUACCUCAUCAACCUGGUCACUUCGGAAAUGUGGAACAACGGCUUCGUCAAGGAGUCGGAGAGGUUCCUUGCCAACGUCAUGCAGUCGAUCCAGCAGGAGGUCAUGCAGCACGACGGCGAGGAGGCCAUCAACCCGGGUGCUUUCUGGCUCUCCAACGUCCACGAGAUGCUCUCGUUCGUCUUCCUCGCCGAGGAUUGGUACGAGACGCAGAAGACGGACAACUACGAGUACGACCGGCUGCUUGAGAUCGUCAAGCACGACCUGGAGAGUCUGGAGUUCAACAUCUACCACACGUGGAUGAAGGUGCUCAAGAAGAAGCUGCACAAGAUGAUCGUCCCGGCCAUCAUCGAGUCGCAGUCGCUGCCCGGCUUCGUCACCAACGAGAGCAACAGGUUCCUCGGCAAGCUUCUCCAGUCCAACAGCGCGCCGGCUUACAGCAUGGACAACCUCCUCAGCCUGAUGAACAACGUCUUCAAGGCCAUGAAGUCUUACUUCCUCGAGGACACGAUCGUCACGCAGGCCAUCACCGAGCUCCUUCGCCUGGUCGGCGUCACGGCGUUCAACGACCUGCUCAUGCGCCGCAACUUCCUUUCGUGGAAGCGUGGUCUGCAGAUCAACUACAACAUCACGAGGAUCGAGGAGUGGUGCAAGAGCCACGACAUGCCCGAGGGAACGCUUCAGCUGGAGCACUUGAUGCAGGCGACCAAGCUCCUGCAGCUGAAGAAGGCCACGUUGAACGACAUUGAGAUCAUCCAGGACAUCUGCUGGAUGCUCUCCCCCAACCAGAUCCAGAAGCUUCUGAACCAGUACCUGGUGGCCGACUACGAGCAGCCGAUCAACGGCGAGAUCAUGAAGGCGGUCGCCUCCAGGGUGACGGAGAAGAGCGACGUCCUCCUGCUCACCGCGGUCGACAUGGAGGACAGCGGACCGUACGAGAUCGCCGAGCCUCGCGUCAUCACGGCUCUGGAGACGUACACUCCAUCGUGGCUGCAAACGCCGCGUCUCAAGCGGCUGGCAGAGAUCGUGUCGGCGCAAGCCAUGGCACAACAGGAGAAGUUGGAGUUUGAGCCGACCAACGGGCACAGCAACGGCGAGGUGCAGGGUCUUGCCAUCAGCGAGGUGGACGGCAUGUAG